UCGUACGGUUUUUAUGCGGAUUAUUUCUUUGUCUGAAAGUUGUUCCAAUGAAAACUGCUGACGGUUGUUAUAACUGGGUAACGCUACCACAUUUUACCCAGUGUUGUGGAGAUGUACGUGUAUGAGCUGAUGGAGAGACCCCCCUCAGUGACGGAGAAUCAGCUGUGGUGACGCUGUUUGUUUCUCAGCAUUACCGCCACACCCUCCUCAGAGUGCAGCAGAAGCAGGAUGAGCAGCAUGAUGCGAGUCGCCCUGUUAGUUUUGGCUCUUACAGCAGUCUGCAGUGGUAUCCUCCCUGAGAUAGUGGACCCGGGCAUCACUCACAUCCUGGAGGAUAAUUCCGCCCAGGGACAAACGGAGCUGGACCGCAUGUUUGUAGAAGUGGAUCAGCUGCCAGAGGAUCCGCAGCAAAAGCCUGAGCAUGCGUUUCAUCAAAAGAACGAGAGCAUCAGUCAAAGCCCUCAUCCCAAUAGCCUUCCUCCAAGUCAUCACAAUGAAAGUGCUUCUGAUAAAGUGAUUGAUAACGAACCUGUCCACACCUCAGGAGAGCAGGAGACGAACAACAUUACCACAACCGUCCAGUCCAGUGACGUGGGGAACAACAUCGAUCAUGGAUGCAUCACUGAUGAGGACUGUGGGAAGGGAAGGUAUUGCCUUUAUGACACGCACAACUCCAAGUGUCUGCCUUGCAAAGCAAUCGAUGUGUCCUGCACUACGGAUAAGGAGUGCUGUGGUGAACAGCUGUGUGUAUGGGGUCAGUGCAGUCAAAAUGCAACAAAAGGAGAGGCUGGCAGCACCUGUCAGUACCAGACUGACUGCAGCCCAGACCUCUGCUGUGCUUUCCAUAAAGCCCUGCUCUUCCCAGUCUGCUCGGCCAAGCCCAUUGAGCGCGAGCGCUGCCUUGGUGCCUCUAACCACCUGCUAGAGCUGGUGUCCUGGGAUAUCCAGGAAGAGGGACCCAGAAAACAUUGCCCCUGUGCAGGAGAUCUCCACUGCCACACCUGGGGCGAGGGUCCAUGUGCCUUAAAGGAGAAGACUCAAGUGAAGAGGACCUGACGGACACUCUGUACUCAGAGAUAGACUAUAUAAUCUAGACACAGCUUGAUUUGAUUUACAUUGCUGUGUAAACCGCUAGACAGAGGUCUCCGCUGACUCCAGAGCUUGCAGUCAUAGCACUUUGUUUGCUAGCUUAAUGCAAUGUGGAAAAGCUAUACAGCAUGGAAAAUGGAUGAAAGAAUAUUUAUUUUAUUUGCUUUAAUUGAGACCUGAGGUUUACAAUCCUUAAAGGUUUCUGAAAAUGGAAAUAACAAAAAAACAGGACACACUAUAUUUGAAAUUUAUUUUCUUGACUAUUUGCUGCAUCUCUAACCCUUAUCUAAUGCUGAUCCCAGCCGUAACAUUAACCGUAACACAUGCCGAAUGCAACUCUAACACGGGAAAAACUGUAAACUACUCACCUCACUGUUAAAAACUGUGAGACCAAAAUACAACAGUUACCUUUGAGCCACCCAGUUUGCAGUCUUACUGCAUUUACUGUGCACUAAGAAGACACCACAUACCAUCAUGCUUCAUGUACUGUAUGAUGAAUGAAACAGUAUCACAGAAGCAGGCAAUAAUAAAUCAUGUUUGAGCCUCCAAGAAUCUUUCCUCAACAGUACACCUAUAUUCAUGUACAGGGCACAACACUACCAUGAGGUGUCAGCAGAACAACAUCUGGUAUAGGAUUCUGUUAACGCUGAAAUAGCAGCUUUGUAUGACUACAACAGUUGGGUCAUAUUGCCAUGUAGGAAGCUAAUUUGCAUCCCUUAUACGUGUCUGAUAAUAUCUCAAAGUUUAUUUAAAAGUAAAUCUAAUUCCUGCUGCUUCAAUCACAAAGUUUUUUGUAAAGAAAAAUCUGUAAUUUCUCUUAUUCCUGAGAAAAUGUUUUGGCAAACCUUGCUGCAUGAUCCAAGCGAUGUCUGCUCUGCUGCCAAGAUUCCCGUGUUACUUUGUAGUGAUUUGUGAGUUAUUCUGUCCUUAUUGUUAGGUGUAUAAUUAUUUAAUGUUUGUUUAUUUUAUAUACAUACUUUUUUCUCUCUCUAUUCUUUAAUAGUCCAUUGUUGUCUUUCAAGAAGUAGCUUAUAUCCAGCAGUGUCAACAACAACAUAUACAAAAAUUUAUCAGACGUACGACUGAAACAGCAACUUAUCCGUCUACUUUCAAUUUGAGUGGCAAUUACAAUAACUUGUUUUGAUUAGACCGAUGGUGGACUUUUAGGACAGUAAUUAAUGGCUAUUGUGAUAAAUCUUGUUGACAGUCUGCUGAAUGUAACCGAUCCAAAAUAACUCUCCUCAAAUUUUUAGUCUUUAUACUGUUAAGUUAGGUACACACUUCAACUGUAAUAAUGUUUUGGGCAGCUAAAAUGAGUCAACACUUGGAAACCGCUGGAUACUAGAUUUUUUAAGACAAUUUUUAGGCGUUUUAGCCUGUAUUGGGAUAGGACAGAUGCAGGAAAGGAGGGAGUGAAGGAGGAGACGAUAUGCAGCAAAGGGCCACAGGCUGGAAUUGAACACGUGCAGCUCAAUAACGGCUCAGCCUUGUACAUAGGGUGUAUGCGCCCCAUGUACAAGGCUUUAAUAAAAAGGGAAUUUCUAUUCCUUAACCAUGACUUAUUAGCCCAAAUGCCUGUUAAGUCACAUCAUGGGAACAACGAAGUUUUUUUUCCCCCAAGUGGUGCUUUGUCAAGGACCUCUCUCCACACCUGCAUCUCCUGCUUAUGUUGCACAAUUCUGUGACUCCAAACAUUACUUUUACUUUUUAAAACAUGCCUUUUACUUCGAUCAUGUUGUUUAUAUGUUCUCCGUCUUCCAUGUACAGCAAUGUGACUUACCAUUUCAACAUCAAGGCUGGAAAGUGCAAUCCUAAUGAUAUCAAUACCUGAUGUGUGUGUCGGUGUGAAUAUCGCUGUAUACUUAUGCUGGAUGUUAACCAACACACAGCCACAACUGUCAAAAUAUAACCUCGGCACUGUUCUUAAGCAGCUUGUACAACUCCUGCCCUUUUUUUUUUUUUUUUUUUUAAUACCAAACCUCUCAGAAAGGUGAAUGUGAUUUGUGAGUUAGAAUAAGCCAUUUUAAUUCACAGUGACAGAAAACAUCAGUUAUGAAAAAAAGCUUUUUAAUUAAUCUCUAAAAUCAUCUUAAACUAUUUUCACACAGGAUUUAAAUCUCAAAAGAAAUAAACAUCAACAACAAGAGAAAAAAAAAGAUUUUUCUUCAGAUAUUGGCAUUUCUACAGUGAAUAGCUGGUGGCAGCAUCAGGAGCCUAGAGGGGCCAGGAUGCUGAGCGUCAGUCCUCAGACCAGUUGCCUGGGCAAGACUCAGAGAAGUCCAGCGGGCUUUCUACACCCUCUGGUGCCAGUCUAUCAAGCAGCAGCAGCAGGUAGAAGUGCCAAAAACAACCUCACGCUCUCUGCCAAAAUCCCAGAGAGCUCUGUCCCCUCAGUACACCACGCACGCACGCACGCACGCCCAGUUAACAUGGUGCAAGAAACAGACAAAGAAACCCACUUUCUAUAUUAAAGGUUAAUACAGACAACAGAUGUGUGCCUGGUGCCUCAUGAGACUUAAUUAAAUGAUUAAGUCUGGAGCAAAAUAAUAAUUUACAACAAAAACAAGAUAUUCUUAACAUAGGUCUACUUGGUUUUGUUUCAUAUUACUUUGUAUUAAAAGGAUCAAUAUCCUAUGUAUCACUAAAUCUAGUGGAAGUGAUAUAACAGAGGUAAAGCUCCUAUAAAGCACAAUGAGCAGCAGUAGGGGCGACCCAUAACAACACAUAACUCUGGCAUUAUAGGAGCAGCAGAGGAGCAGAAACGACCUCCAGUUUAUAAAUUCUUAAUUGUUGCUUUUUUAUAGGAUUUAUCAAAUCUUGUGAAUGCAUUUGUCAGUCACUGACAGAGUGAGGUUUGCCUCGUCAGAAGAGGCAAGACUGAGGAAGGCUGGAUAAGUAGUUCUUGGUUGUAUGUGCUGUUAGUUUUUAAAAAGGAAGGUGAGCAAUGUAAGAUAAGAAUGAUUUCCCUAAUAGAGCAGUGCAGAAAAGAAAAGGUGUGAGCAUAUGGACUUACAAGACGGUCACAGAUGAAUCAGAAUCAACACUAUUCCUGAAACAGGAAGGGAAACACGCGGUGAAAGAGACUGAUGCGAAAGAAGACGGGAGACUUAAAUAGACGAGAUGGAUGCCUUACAGCCCACUUUCACAGUCCUAACAUCUCUGCAUCCAUGUUUGGAGCUUUUACGUUCAAUUGAUUUGUCUAUACAGUAUUUGAUUCUUUUUCUGCUUUCAUGCUUCCCUUUAAACUUUACAGUACAAUACACAUA